CGCUCUCUGACCCRGGUCAAGUCUCGUUAAGCUGAACCGGUAUCUAACGUCGAACAGUUUUCCAGCUGUCUGUCCGCGAUGGAGCGAAARGUUGCUCGGGAAUUUAGACACAAGGUGGAGUUGCUGAUUGAAAAUGAGGCAGAGAAGGAUUACCUGUACGAUGUCCUCCGCAUGUAUCACCAGUCGAUGGACCUGCGUGUGCUGGUGGGAGACCUGAAGCUGGUCAUCAACGAACCAAAGAGRCUGCCUCUCUUUGACGCUAUCCGACCUCUCAUCCCCCUCAAACACCAGGUGGAGUACGACCAGCUCACCCCCAAGAGGUCCCGGAAGCUGAAAGAGGUUCGUUUGGAUCGAACACAUCGUGAUGGACUGGGCCUCAGUGUCCGAGGAGGAUUAGAGUUUGGUUCUGGUCUCUACAUAUCACAGAUUGUUAAAGACGGACAAGCGGAUAAUGUCGGCCUUCAGGUGGGGGAUGAGAUCGUGCGCAUCAAYGGGUACUCCAUCUCCUCCUGUAUCCACGAGGAAGUAAUCAGUCUCAUCAAGACAAAGAAGACCGUGUCGCUCAAAGUUCGCCAUGUGGGAAUGAUCCCAGUAAAAAGCUCAUCAGAUGAACCUCUGAAGUGGCAGUUUGUGGACCAGUUUGUGUCUGAAUCAGGGGAGAAGAGAAGAAGUGUGGCUGGCUUGGCAUCCAUUGGUGGGAAGGAGAUCAAGGAGAAGAAGGUUUUCCUCAGUCUUGUGGGCACCAAGGGGAUGGGCAUCAGCAUAUCGAGUGGUCCAACCCAGAAACCUGGAAUAUACAUCAGCAACGUGAAGCCAGGCUCCCUCUCUGCAGAAGUGGGACUUGAGAUGGGAGACCAGAUUGUGGAGGUGAACGGAGUGGACUUCACCACCGUGGACCACAAAGAGGCUGUGAAAGUCCUGAAGAGCAGCAGAAGUUUGACCAUCACAGUUCUGACAGGAGCUGGAAGCGAGCUGUUUAUGACAGAUGAGGAGCGUCUGGCAGCUGAGGCCCGCCGGGAGCUGGAGAGGCAGGAGCUGAUGCAUCAGAAGAGGGUAGCGCUGGAGACCAACAAAAUCAUUAAAGAGCAGCAGGAGAGGGAGAGACAGAGAAAGAUGGAGAUCUCCCAGAAAGUUGCAGAAGAGGAGGAUCGCUACCAGAAAGAGAUGGAAAAGAUUGAGGCUGUGGAGAAGAAACACAACAGAGAGUGGGAGGAGGACUGGGGAUCCAAAGACAGACCAAAGAGCCCCCGCUCUCCAAAGAGUCCUGCUCCUGCCCCACCUGAGAGGAAGACCUCCCCGAGUCCUAAAGCAAAGAGCUCACCUGACAAAGCCAGCUUCUUCCCAGAAGAAGAAGAGGAUGAAGAUGAGCAGCACGAACACGGAUUUCAAAAAAACGUGGAAGACUUUGAUCCCUAUUCCAUGUUCUCCGCUGAGCAGAUAGCAGGCCGGGACGUGAGGUUGCUGAGAAUCAAAAAGAGUGGACAGCUUGAUCUGGCUUUGGAAGGAGGAGCAGACUCUCCUCUGGGGAAGUUGGUGGUGUCCUCUGUUUAUGAAGGCGGUGCUGCAGAUAAACACGGUGGGAUUGUUUCCGGGGAUGAACUCAUGGCCGUGAACGGGAAGAUCCUGAUAGACGCUACGUUGACCGAGGGGCAAAACUCUCUGGCCCGAGCCUGGAACAGUGGAGGGGACUGGAUCGAUGUCGUUAUCGCUGUCUCCCCUCCAAAAGAUUAUGAAGAUGAAGUGACGUUCUUCUAGUCUCAUCAGCCACCUGCCAAGACAACCAGACUGAUUACAAAGAAGCUUCUCCUCCUUUCACCUGCGAACAAGAAACCUUCAGAUGCUCUCCAAGACUUGGCCAGUUGUUAUUUAGACUGACGGAAUGAGAUCAAUAUCUUUUGUUUUCAUCAAUGGGUUGUCCAAUCAAUAUCUGGUUGUCUUCCUGUAGUCCCUAAAAUAAUGGACCUCAUUUCAGCGCAAACAACCAAGCUGAUCGCCCGCUAACGUUUGACAGAAUAAGGGUGAUGAAUAAUAGGAACUUCAAUAAUUAAUGUCUCUUUUUCCAAUAGACAGCACAGACUGAAAAUGAGGUUUUGUUGUUUAUAAAUUGAUUUUCUGCUUCUUUUUUAAAAUACACUUAUUAAACUAAUGAUUCAAGCAGUUCCUUCUCAAAAAAAGCCUUUGAGGAGGGAAAAAAAUGCAGAUUUAAGUGUAGAUUUUAUGCUUUUUAAUUCACCUCAGUUGGUUCCAAAAAGUUUUUUUUUUUUCCACUUAUUUAKAUGCGUCUCCAUUUGACUCUGCUUUAUUGGCUCCCCAUGUCUGCAUUUCUUAUAAAAACACAGAAAAGCAUUUCAUUAAGUGAAAAAUCUGUUUCCACUAUCAGGAUCUACCAUUUUUUAUGCAUCUUUGUUUUUGGAUUAAAUUUGAAAGACUGAGUAUUUAAUUUUUUUUAAAAGCUCUUUCGAGUGUUUUAAUGAAACUUGACAAGUUUCAAGCUUUUAAGUGAGUAAAAAAUAAAUCUUUAGAAAUAAAUGUUUUUUGACCAGUUUACCUUACAAUGAAAAAUCUCAACAAUGAUUUUACAUUUGGUUUAUUUUAUAGCAUUUAGACAACACACCUGUUUUAAUGUCAAUUCAGUUCAGUUUAUUUUGUGCCAAUUAUCAACAAAAGUCAUCUCAGGGCACUAAAUGAGAAAAAAAAAUAAGUCCUAAUUAUUAUUUCAUUAUUAAAUAUUCACAAACAUGAAAUGAUUAUAAAGUGAAUUAUGUGAGGAAGCCAUCAGAUUGUGUGGAAUCUUCACUUUACUGCAGUCUUUUAUCCUGAGCAGCACGUUGGUGACUGGAACAGAACCUCCAGCAGAACCAGAUCRAUUGUUCCUCCGUCUCGACACGCUGGGGUUAGAAGACAGAGACAGAAGGAUUAGUCCAUGUUUCUGUAGGAGGACAGCUGGUUAAAGACAGCAGAGAUUAGCAGGAUAACUAAAGGAUAUCUGUGAGCAGAGUUAGUAUUAAUACGUAAGAUGUGUGUUUUUAAUGUGUUUUUAUGGAAAGUUUUUGGGAGUGCUGCUUUUAUUUUUAUCUACCUGUGUGUGGUUCUGUUCCUCUGCUGCUCUGGCCCCGCCCACUCACCAGGUGUUUGCUAUCAAGUUAAUUAGAUUUCCCUUUAAAUGCCUUCCUUUCUGUUUGCUCCUCAGUCUAAUGUUGAACCUGUUCUGUUCAUGAUGUCCUCCUCGUGUCUUCAUGAGGUUUCCUCCUGUAAGAAACUUUUUUGGCUGCCAUGGCAUUUUGUUUUAUUUACUUAAUAAAUAUGUUUUUUUUUCUUUGA